AUGACGAAGAUGAGGGCUGGGGCUCCAGGAGAAGACCUGGAUUGUGGGAGCCUGGAACUGGAUGAUAUAAGUUCAUCAGAAGAAUUUCAGAAGAAAUUGCCUAGGAAUCUUCUCCACCGAGGGACUUCCCUGGCCCUGCGCACUUCCUCUUCAUCCUCCAUCAGCGACAGGAAAUGUCUCCACAUUGAAGGCUGUCUACACAGCCUGAAAACAGAACUGCCCGGCCUCGCCUCUGCGGUAGCUGUUACUGCGGCAGACCCCACCGAGGAGCAGUACGAGGACCUCUCGUGGAGGGAAAUGGUCAUUUACUCAAGAGGAGCUGCUCCAGAGACUGCAAAUAUGCAUGCGUUUGGGCCACAUGUGCACAGGUUGGAGGCCUACGAGCACACUCUUCCGAGGGCAAAACCAGACAUCAGCAGACUACAAAAAGAAACCUGGCAAGGCAGGAUUGUUUACAACCAGAGUCAAAAGGAUAUCCUCCAAGAAUGGUUUAAACAAAACCUUUACCCUGACAGAGCUACCAGGAAACAAUGGGCCAAAGAAAUUGGUAUUUCAAAAUUGGUUUCCAAAAUUCAGGUUAAGCAUAGGUUUCUAUUUCACUGUCAGAUUAAAGAAUACUUACCAACAGCAGCCAGACAAGACUGGACAUCUGUCCCAAGAUCUCGAACACACGUCCUACUUCAAGCCUCUGAGAGGAACCGAUUGCUUGAUAUUACAACCAGGGAAAAACUGGCCAAAAAAACAGGCAUUCAGGAACCAAGAAUUCAAAUGUGGUUUCAGAACCAAAGAACCCUAUACCCAAAGCAGAGCAGAAGCAAGUCCAUGAAUUCCUUGGCAGAUGGCCCAAAUGGAAGACCAGAUCUGACAGCUCAACAGUACCAAAUUCAUUUGUCCACACCCCUGGGCAGGUCUCAUCAAUUUGCUUUCUCCAAUUCCUUCAGCAGGAACCCAACAUUUCUACCUGCUCCUGUCCCUUGUGUGAGCCAAGGACCAGGUGUCAUGAUGGUGCAACCUACACAGGCUACGCAGGCAGAGAAUUCUCUCUCUACUCUGACCCUUAGACCUACCUACCAAUACCCUCAACUUCAGGAGGGGACCUCUCAGACCCUUUUCUGGCUCCCAAACCAAGAAAAAUGCCAGAAUCACAUAGAACAGACUGGCCCAGGAGUAUUGCAGUUGAAGGACUAUUCUGAGUCUCGGCCUGAGCAUCAACACCACCAGUCGCAGGAUCUGCUACAGGUGGACAUAACUUACGUUCUGCAAAGGUGGGAUGAGGUCUGCCAGGCUCUGAUCGCAAAAUGGGAUCCUCAAGAAGGUACAUACUGGGGGCGCCUGGGUGGCUCAGUGGGUUGAGCCGCUGCCUUCGGCUCAGGUCAUGAUCUCAGAGUCCUGGGAUCGAGUCCCGCAUCGGGCUCUCUGCUCAGCAGAGAGCCUGCUUCCCUCUCUCUCUCUGCCUGCCUCUCCAUCUACUUGUGAUUUCUCUCUGUCAAAUAAAUAAAUAAAAUCUUUAAAAAAAAAAAAAAAAGGUACAUACUGAGAUACACACGGCUACAGCACACAGUCAGCUGAGAACCAGCCCACUCCCUCAGCCAACUGCACCAGCAAUGUGUAGAGCCUUAUGUCAAGCCUUAUGUCAGCUCCUGUUACCCACAGAUGUUGAGGAAAAGGUUACCUUUUCUGAGUCCCAAUCCACAGAAAGAGAACCCUCCAGGACCCCA